AUGUCCCGCGCCUCCACGAGCGAUGCCGCCGCCGACGACCUCGACGCCGAGUCCCGCAACGUCAGCGGACUCAUCUUCCAGAUGACGACGCACGUGAGCGCCUUCAAGCGCGCCGUCGACGUCCUGGGCACGGGCAAGGACACGCGAGAAUUGCGGGCGAAAUUACACGAACAGCGGGAAAAACUGGGCGUCAUGGCGCGAGACGCGUCGUUAGCGGUGAAGCGAUUGGCGCAGGCGGUCACGAACGCGGUGGACGUGGACGAUGAGGAUAAGGCGGAGCACGUGGCGAAGCAUCAAAAGUUGGUGAAGGAUUUUCACGCCGUUUUAAAGGAUUUUCAAAAGGCGCAGAGGACGUGCGCGGAGCGAGAGUCGACGUUCUUACCGCAAAAGGGCAAGGGAAAGACGAGUUACGGUACCAUGGACGAGGAGUCGGGCGAGGGCGAGGCGGCGUAUCAGGAUACGCAGCAAUUGAUGCAGCAGCAGCAACAGCGAAGCGACUUUGCGCAGGUGGACGGCGAGCUCGAGUAUAAUAACGCGUUGAUCGAAGAGCGCGAACGAGGGAUCAUGGAGAUUCAGCAACAGAUCGGAGAAGUAAAUGAGAUAUUUCAAGACCUCGCGGUGUUGGUGAACGAACAAGGGUCGAUGAUUGACGACAUCGAGGCGAACAUUGUGAGCACGGCGGUGCGCACAAAGGACGCGCAAAAAGAACUCACCAAGGCGGACAAGUCGCAGCGCGCGGCGAGAAAUCGCCUGAUCUGCAUCGUCAUCGCAGUUUUGGUGUCGCUCAUCGUGCUCAUCUUGUUCCUGCUCCAGUAG